AAAAAAAAAAUGUCCCAUCAAAUGACCAUCUUAAAAAUCUAUCCCAUCUAUCCACAUCAAAUCUGACCCGUCUAAAAUAUAAUCGAACGGUGCCAAUUCCAUCAUAACCCAAACGAUAUCCACCAAAAACAUAAUAAAAAAUCUCUCUCUCGAGCUCCAAACUCCAUCGCUGCUUCUUUUUCUUCUUCAAACCUUCUCAAAACAAGGCCAAAAUGACCUCCAUGGCCCUAAAAUCCUUCGUCGGACUCCGGCAAUCCUCGCAGGAAAAGAAUCCCCACUUCACCAUCCAAGCGAAGCCCCUGACGGUCACCGUUCAAAACCCUAGGCGAUUCCGCGUUGUCGCAGGGAAAUUCAGCCCCAAAGUUGCCGGUCGGAACCUCCGCGUCGCCAUCAUUGGUGGAGGCCCGGCCGGCGGCUCCGCCGCUGAAACCCUAGUGAAGGGAGGGGUCGAGACGUACCUGAUCGAGCGGAAGCUCGACAACUGCAAGCCCUGCGGCGGCGCGAUCCCGCUCUGCAUGGUCGGAGAAUUCGAUCUGCCGCUGGAUAUCAUCGACCGGAGAGUGACGAAGAUGAAGAUGAUCUCACCGUCGAACGUGGCGGUGGACAUCGGGCAGACUCUGAAGCCGCACGAGUACAUCGGGAUGGUGAGGAGAGAGGUUCUGGACUCGUACCUGAGAGAUCGGGCGAAGGAGAACGGCGCGACGGUGAUAAACGGGCUGUUCUUGAAGAUGGACAUACCGAAGGAGGAGAACGCGCCGUACGUUCUGCAUUUCACGGAGUACGACGGGAAGGUUGGCGGCGUCGGCCAGAAGAAGACGUUGGAGGUCGACGCCGUCAUCGGCGCCGACGGAGCCAAUUCCAGAGUCGCCAAGUCCAUCAAUGCCGGCGAUUACGAGUACGCCAUUGCUUUCCAGGAAAGAGUUAAAAUCCCCGACGACAAAAUGGUGUACUACGAGAACCUCGCCGAGAUGUACGUCGGUGACGACGUCUCGCCGGACUUUUACGGCUGGGUCUUCCCCAAAUGCGACCACGUAGCAGUAGGCACGGGCACGGUGACACACAAAGGAGACAUCAAGAAAUUCCAACUAGCAACAAGAAACCGCGCCAAGGACAAGAUUUUGGGAGGCAAAAUCAUUCGGGUCGAAGCACAUCCAAUCCCCGAGCACCCACGUCCCCGCCGGUUAUCUGGCAGAGUAGCCCUGGUCGGCGACGCAGCUGGGUACGUGACAAAAUGCUCGGGCGAGGGCAUCUAUUUCGCUGCAAAGAGCGGGAGGAUGUGCGCGGAGGCAAUCGUGGAGGGGUCGGAGAACGGGAAGAGGAUGGUGGAUGAAGGGGACUUGAGGAAGUAUUUGGAGAAGUGGGACAAGACUUACUGGCCAACUUACAAGGUGUUGGAUGUAUUGCAGAAGGUGUUCUACAGGUCCAACCCUGCGAGAGAAGCCUUUGUGGAGAUGUGUGCAAAUGAGUAUGUGCAGAAGAUGACCUUUGAUAGCUAUUUGUAUAAGAGGGUUGUGCCUGGUAACCCAUUGGAUGACUUGAAGUUGGCUGUGAAUACCAUUGGGAGCUUAAUCAGGGCUAAUGCCCUUAGGAGGGAGAUGGACAAACUUAGUGUAUAAAACUAGAAGCUUUGUGAGUAUAAUAUUGUUUGGUUUUGUUAACAUUCUAUGUAUGACUCGAUUUUAUUUGGAACCAAGAGAUUGAGUUUCAAUUCAUAUUCGAUCAACUAUAAGAGUUGCCACUAGUUUAUGAU